GCUUCUUCUAGCUUGCAACGACUAAAACCUUCAGAAUGUGAAUGUUCAUCGUGCUCAGAAAACGAGGUGCAAAACUUGCUGGAGGGAUUCUCUUUACGUUGGGAGGUGUGAUAACGCUUUACACAAUGUGUCCCCAGGCCACCUCAUUAUUGGAAAGCAGCGAUGGAGUUGAUUUUGCUACUGUUCGCAAGAUAGAAGAAGCAUAUGCUCGACUCAAUGGACCUCAGGGAGUUAAGUGUCACUCCCUCUUGAAAAAGUUUCUCACAAAGGAUGUGUUGGAAGAGCUUAAGUACAAGAAAACCAAGUUGGGAGCAACUUUGUAUGACUGCAUUCGCUCAGGCGUGUACAACCUAGACGCCGCUGUUGGCGUUUAUGCUCCAGAUGCUGAAGCAUAUAAGACAUUUGCCCCACUGUUUGACAGAAUCAUCCGAGAGUAUCACGGAUUCAGUCUUGGACAAAAGCAACCAUCUGUUGACUUGGGAGAAGGGAAGAUUCAUGAGUUUCCUCCUCUUGAUCCAGGAGCCAAGUAUAUCAGAUCAACUCGCAUCCGUUGCGGAAGGGCGGUGGUUGGAUAUCCUUUCAAUCCUCUUUUAUCCGAGGGGCGAGGAAUAUAUUACAAUGAUGAAAAAACAUUCCUGAUUUGGGUGAACGAGGAAGAUCAUGUGCGCAUCAUCUCUAUGCAAAAGGGUAGCAACGUAGGGCAGGUGCUGGACAGGUUAAACAGGGGUGUCAAACACAUUGAGAAACAUGUGCAAUUUGCGCGUGAUGAGCGUCUUGGGUGGUUGACAUUCUGUCCGACAAACUUAGGAUCCACGGUCCGUGCAUCCGUUCAUAUAAAACUGCCGAAACUUACAGCGAACAUGAGCAAUUUCAUGGUUAUGUGCAAUAGGUUAAAUUUGCAACUUCGAGGAGUACAUGGAGAACAUUCAGAACCGAUAUCGGGAGUCUACGACAUAUCAAAUAAGGGUCGUCUUGGCAUAUCUGAGUAUCAAGCUGUGAAGCAAAUGUACGACGGUGUCAAAGAGCUCAUCAGGAAGGAAGAGAUGUUAUGA